CUGGUUGACAAGAAGUUGGAAUACCCUGACUACGAAGAUUGGACUUGUCCCAAGGAACCCAACGACCCUAAUCAACAGGAUGUGGUCUAAAGAGGUCUACGUCCGCUUUCCCCUCUAACCUCUCUCUCCUACCUAGGGUUGGGGGGUUGGAAGGGGUUGGGGUGGAGAAGGAUGGUAGAUACAAGAACCCAAAUAAGAUACCCAUACACACAAUAGCGCCUACAGGAAGUCUCUGGAAACUUAAAAUACAAGGGUGACAUCACCGAUUUAUGCUUUUAGAAGACCACACUAGAAGCUGUGUAUCUCUAGCUAGCUCACCACGAAAUCUCCGGUGUCUGGCAGCUCCGCUGUGGGCCUCAGGGGGCGCAUAAGUCGCACGGAAGGAUGCUCUGACUAGCGAUCUGGAGAGGGUCACUUCUUUUUCUGCUUUUAGUUUCUUCACCUAAGAGACAGUCAAUGCGGAUUUCAUGCCUGGAAAGACCCGAGAAACACAACUUAAGCAACCUUCCUCCACACCCAGUAAUUCGCGUCCACGGUUGAGAAAGAAAGCGAGACGAGAAGCCUCCCUCCGGCAACCCAGCCAAGGCUCGGCGGCCCUGCCCAGUCAGAGUUCGGAGGAUGCCUUAGACUCAGAGGUUGUCCCAGCACGCAGACGACAGCGCCCCACUGGCAGAGCGAAAGCAACCGUGACAGGGUCUUUUCUCCAGCAACCCAGCCCACUUGUAGGCCCGGCGACUCCGCCUAGCCAGGAGGACCAGGAUCCAGAGGAUGCUGCAUCCUCGGAGGCGCGAUGGGGCGCGUACUGGACAUCCUCACUAGGAGUCUGUCGCAAUGAGGAGGCGGGGCCUGACUCCUGCAUCGGGACCUCGGGGACACCACCAAUGCCAGAGAAGCUGCAGCUGGGGGCGAUGGCGGCCACGCCAAGCCUUGGACGCCGGGAGGUAGGGAAGGACCGGAGACGGGGAAGAGAGGGAAGGACCCUGUCCUUCUCCCCGGAGAUUGCAAGCAUGACAGUUUCUUCAGGGAACCGAGGUGGCUUCUUCUGGCGCCUCCGAGACAAGCAGAAACGAGUUGGCCUGUUUGAGAUCAGUCCGGGACAUGAACUGCACAGAAUAACUCGUAUGAUGCAGGAAGGGCUGUGGGCCGCCACCCAGGUCUCCAUGGAUAACCCACCCACGGUGAAUGGCCCAUUCUGUCUCAUGCACCUCAACCUCCAAGAGGGAGACCCAGCUGGACCUCUCACCCAGAAGGAUUACUCGGAAGUCAUGACCCAGGUUCACGAAGAGGGCUUCGAGCUGGGCACCCUGGCUGGCCCAGCUUUUGCACGUCUGAGGCAAUCCCUAGGCCUGACUGAAAGCGACUAUCAGGCUACUCUCGGCCCCAGUGGCCCCUACCUUCAAUUCCUCAGCACCUCCAAGAGCAAGGCCAUCUUCUUCCUGACCCAUGACCAACGCUUCUUCCUGAAGACCCAGAGCCGCCAGGAAGUGCAGGUGCUGCUUGCCCACCUGCCCCGCUACAUGCAGCACCUGAAGCGGUACCCACACUCACUGCUAGCACGGUUGCUGGGAGUGCACAGUCUGCGGGUGGCUCGUGAGAAAAAGAAGUACUUCAUCAUCAUGAAUAACGUCUUCUACCCUGCCGGCCGCAACUCUGAGAGGUAUGACAUCAAGGGCUGCAAGCUAAGCCGCUGGGUGGAGCCAGCCCCUGAGGGCAGCCCCAUUCUCUUGGUGCUAAAGGACCUCAACUUUCAGGGAAAGACCAUGAAAUUAGGACCCCAGCGGAAAUGGUUCCUCCACCAGAUAGGCCUGGACAUAGCCUUCCUGCGGGACCUGAACAUUCUGGAUUACAGUCUCCUGGUGGCCUUUCAGCUCCUCCAUGAAGAUGAGAAGGAACAUUACAGAGGCGUCAUUUUCCGCACAUUUAGGUCCGUACAUGGUGCGCUGGAUUCGGCAGAGGCAAUGGGUCAGAACCGCCGGCUGCUGUCCGAUGUGCCCAAUGCGCUCCAUAUCUUGGACGGGCCAGACCUACGCUAUUUUCUGGGCUUGGUGGAUCUGACCACCGUCUAUGGGCUUCGCAAACGGCUGGAGCAGCUGUGGAAGAUGGUGCGCUAUCGAGGCCAGUCCUUCUCCACUGUCAGCCCGGCUCACUAUGCCCGGCGCCUCUAUCAGUGGGUGGAGCAGCACUCCGAGUGACUCGCACCUGCCUGAGUUCUUCCCCCCCUGGACAAUGGCGCCCUCAACAAUUUUCCAGCUCCACCCAGGGAGCUAGCCUGAAGUUCCAGCUAUCAGCCACAGGAGGACAGUACCCCCUAACGAAUGCUGCAACUACUCAGCUCCAGUCAGUGAUAGUACCGUGCCCUGCAGAGAGUCAGGGCACCCCCACUUAGCUCAUUUACUAUUAAAAAUGUUGAUAUUCUCUUUUUACAGACUGCAAAAUGAAGGAUCACUGGAUGAAGGGCUUGAGUGAGACCACUCAGCAAUAAAUGCUGGAACCAGUCUGCA